AUGAUGCAGAGAAAGCUAUCAAUAUGUUUGAUCUUCCUUGGCAUGUUCCUGGGUGAUCAGUGCAAUGGAUUCGUCAUUCCAACAUCACGAUUUGCGAGCCACACAACCAGAAAUGGUGCGGCUGGUGGUGGGGAGGUGCUGGCAUCUUCUUCAUCAUCAUCAUCAUCCUUUACCGCAUUGUCGGCUGCCGCAACCGUUAGUGCCACGACGGAAAAGAUUCCCAAUCAAAUUCUCAAAUUUCAAGAACCCACGACCAAUGUGACGGUCAUCUUGGUGGGAGCCAUGCACUACAAUCCAUCCAGCAUUCAGUUGGCCGAAGACACCAUCGAACGCCUUGCAAGCAAUCAACAAUUGGCCUCGGUCAUUGUGGAAUCCUGUGACAUUCGAUGGAACAAGACUCUUGCUCUAUAUGAAAAACAACCUUGGCUCAAACAGAUCCUCAAGAAUGAAAUGGUUGCCUCCAGCGAUUUGGCUCGACAGUAUAAGAGGCCAGUGAUUUUGGGAGACCAACGCAUCAACAUUACUACCGACUCGAUCAAGGAGUGCUUUCAAGAAACCGUCAUGGAUUUGAAGUCACCGCCUUCCGGUUGGAAACGAUUUGCUUUGGAUGUAGGACAAGCCGUCGAUGAAACACGUCCGUUUGGCGGGGAAGGCUACCUGAGUGCCUUUGCCUUUUUCGAUCCCCAACUCAUUCUAGCAUUUCCUGUCAGUCUGGUCAAGUAUCCACUUUCCUUUUUGGUCCGAGAUCCAGUACCAACCUCCAUUCUGUUUUUGGGAUUCUUUGGAUUGAAUUACUUGGAAGCGAGUGGUGUAGUGGGUGGUGGUGGUGGUGGUGGACUGAGCACCAGCACUGACUUUGCCUUGGAGGCCAUUCAAAACAAUGAAGUUCCCAUCACGGAUUGGAUAGUGUCCGUGAGCAUUGCCAUUUUGGAAAUAGUCUUUUUUGCUCGAGCUUUUCUAAAGCCACUGUUGGCGGAACGAAAUCAAGUACUGGCCAGGAGUAUUUUGGAUCAAUGCCAACUUUUGGCAGGUGCUCGGACUAGUGGUAGUACUUCUGCAGCAAAGAACAAGACUCCAUCCAACUCAUGGAGCCUGCCUUGGCCCUUUGCGGGUGACGCAUCGCCACAGUCCAAUAAAAAGGCUGUACUUGUGGAAGAUAGUAGUACUAGUAAUAGUGAGAUUGUGUAUGCGUCGGGCAGUUCGGCAGACGUUACGACUGAUGGUGGUGGUGCUGCUGAUCAGACGGUGGUUGCCAUAUUGGGAAUGGCACAUUGCAACGGCAUCAAGAAAUUGCUGCAAGACGAACUAGUAAUAUAA